CGGAAAGAAAGACGGUAACGAUGAGAAACGUUUCAUGAGAUUCGGAAAGAAAGACGGGGAAGAUGAAAAACGUUUCAUGAGAUUUGGAAAGAAAGACGAUGAAGAUGAGAAACGUUUCAUGAGAUUUGGAAAGAAAGACGGUGAAGAUGAGAAACGCUUCAUGAGAUUUGGAAAGAAAGACGGUGAAGAUGAAAAACGUUUCAUGAGAUUUGGAAAGAAAGACGGUGAAGAUGAAAAACGUUUCAUGAGAUUUGGAAAGAAAGACGGUGAAGAUGAAAAACGUUUUAUGCGUUUCGGUAAAAGGGAAAAGGAGUUAGAAGAAAACAAGCGAUUCAUGAGGUUUGGAAAGAGAAGUAAUGAACGACGUUUAGAAACCGAACAAUUAAACGAAAUUACUGAUACUGGUGAAUCGCCGGAAAACGAAAAAAGAUUCAUGAGAUUUGGUAAAAGUACAGACAAGUUAUCUGCGCAUGCGCAAAAUCAAUUAUCAGGCUCAAAACGAUUUAUGCGUUUUGGAAAGAAGGACGAUGUUGACACUGCUGAGGUCUCAGAGAAACGUUUCAUGAGAUUUGGUAAACGGGCUGACACGUUGGACAUCAGCUCCCUCGGGACAGAUGGUUCCAAAGAGUAAUUGUCAGACAACAUGGUUGUUUGCAAAGGGUCCCUGUAAUCAGUCAGUCUAAAUAUUACAGGCAUUUAAUUGCAAGUAACGUAUUCUCCAAAUUAUCAAUACAUUUUCGAGUAAUAUAAAAAUAUAAUUUUAGACAAAACAAUAACUGAAAAUGUGAAAGUUUGGUGAAUAUGGGACUCAUAUAGUUAACACCAUGGAGAUGAAGUCAGAAAGAUGGAGUUGUUACAAAAACUGCGAUUGAACAAGGACAUUGAAUGGCAUUCUUCAAACUUUUCUCGGUUUAUACUUCGUCGAUAAGGGUUAGUGAUGUUAUUUGCCAAAAUACCUAUCCAACAUAUCGCUCUUAACUCCAAAUACAUUCGCAUUCGCAUGAUACCGAGAUAAUACCAAAUGCGAUGCAAAUGUUAUAACUGUUACACCAGAGAGUAGAAACAUUAGAAUUAUUCAUUGAAUUAAGGUACAUUAAGUCCAUAAUAUUAGGUUACAUCCAUACUAUAAUUAUUAUAUAAUUAUAUUAUCUAUUAAGGUAUUGCCA